GCUACCGCUUCCUUCCUGACGCAGGGGACGCCUGGAAAAUGAGCCUGUUCAAUUUGGGACGUUUUCGUUUCGAGAAGGCGGCGGCGACGAACAAAGAGCAGCACAGCGGGUCCAUAAGCCCCGAGUCAGAGAAGGAGAAUAAGCCAGCUCGAGUGAAGACUGUCAAAAGCCCCGUGAAGUCCCAUGCCCGAGGAGUUGUUUUCGAGGAUGUCGUCAGCGACACGGACGAGGAGGAGCUCUCGCCCGACUCGAAGAUAAAGACAACGUUAACCAGCAAACCCACAAACCCUAUGAGGAGGUCACCUAAAAGGGAGGGUGAGGAUCAGAAAGGUGAGGAGGAUGAGGAGCUGGAGGAAAAAGUGACCAAGCUACAGGAGAUCUUCCCUCAAAGGAGCAGAGCAGAGGUACUGGAGGUGAUAGAGAGUACCAGCACUUUGGAUGGGGCUGUGGUUGCUUGUCUCAUGAAAUUUGGUGAGAAAGGAAUUUCAGAGAGAAAAAGCCAACAAAAAGAUAAAAUAAAGAAGGACGGAUCCGGCAGCUCCCAGCACAGUGAUGUGUCUCCACCUUACAAGAAAUUUAGGCCAUCAAUGGAGGAGGAUUCUAGUGAAGAAGAUGAAGGGGCAGAGCCAGCUUGGGAAGAGCAGGAAGUCAUGGUGAGGAGACUGCAAAGAAAGUUUCCUGAUCAGGACAAGGAGGAGCUACGAAUGGUGCUGCAAGAGCAUGAUUGGAAUUUUGAAGAUGCUCUGGAGGUUCUAAGAAUGUUUUCAAGCACAGAUGAUGAUAGCUUCAGUUCACCUGAGUGCAAGGAGAGGAAAUCCACCAAAUCAAAGAGCACAGACCAUCCAGUGCGGAACCACAAGGACUCAAAGCACCACAAAGAUCACAGAGACACUAAUGGCAGUAGAGAUCAUAAUAACUCUAAAGACCACCGAAAUUUCAAAGUGGAAAGGGACAGUAAAGACUGGAAGCCCUCAAAAGACUACAAGGAGUCCAAAACAAGCAGCAGUGCUGUCAACCUGUCAAAGUGGCUCAGCAAAAGCUCUGAGUCCCCAUCUUCUUCUAGCUCCUCUUCAGCUCCCAAAAUGACUACCUCCUCCUCUACCUCGGUGGUCCAGAUGCUGUCUAGAUUUGCCAGUGGGACCAGUAUUGCCAAGAAAGUGGCUGCAGAGAGGAAGAGAAAGGCACGUGCCUCAGAUGAGCAUGUCAGUUCGGAAGGGGAGGAGGAUAACAAAGACGAGACUGUUAGCAGUGAAUAUGAGGACUCAGAGGAAGAGCUGAACUCUGGAGCAGAGGAUGAGGAAGCUGGAGAGAAAUCAACGCUCAAGAGUCAGAUACUGAAAUUCCUCCAGGAAGCUUCCCUGGAUGAGCUCUCGCUGAUCGCUGGGUGUUCUGUCAAAAAAGCCCAGAAGAUAGUGGAACUGAGGCCCUUUUUUAACAGCUGGCAUAGUCUGAGCGAGGUCUUCAAUAAGGAGAAUGGACUAUCAGAGGACCUAUUGUUUGGCUGCAAAGUGGUCCUCAAAGAGAGGACAGUUGUCUUGGGCCUCAUGUCCAAAUGUGAGACCAUCUCCUCUAAAAUGGUCAAAGAGGUCACUCAGGUCAUGGAGAAGAGAAUGGGGACCAUGACACAGCCCAGUAUACUUAACAGCCAGUUUCAGUUGAAGUCCUAUCAACUGAUUGGCCUACAAUGGCUUCUCCUAUUGCAUCGGCACAAACUGAGUGGCAUACUAGCAGAUGAAAUGGGUUUGGGGAAGAGUAUUCAGACCAUAGCAUUCCUAGCCCAGCUCUACCAGAAUGGAAUAGAAGGUCCCCAUCUCAUUACUGUGCCAUCUUCUACACUUGAUAACUGGGUUAGAGAGUUGAAGCGGUGGUGUCCAAGCCUCAAAGUUCUUGUCUAUUAUGGAUCUGUGGAAGAUCGCCGAUACCUCCGACGUGACAUCCUCAACCAAGUGGAGGAAUUCAAUGUUAUUGUGACCACGUAUAACCUGGCCAUAGGAAAUGACUGUGAUCGUAGCCUUUUCCGGAAGCUUCGUCUGAAAUAUGCCGUUUUUGACGAGGGCCACAUGCUGAAGAACAUGAACUCCCUGCGUUAUCGUCACCUUAUGGCUAUCAAUGCAGAGCAUCGCUUGCUGCUGACGGGGACCCCGCUACAGAACAACCUCAUAGAGCUGAUGUCUCUGUUAAACUUCAUCAUGCCUUCUUUGUUCUCUAGCUCCACAACACAGAUCUCCAAGAUGUUUUCCAUGAAAUCCCAUGAGGAGAAAAGCUCUUUUGAGAGGGACCGCAUCACACAGGCAAAACUCAUCAUGAAACCGUUUAUCCUUAGAAGACUUAAGAGUGAGGUCCUUCAGCAGUUGCCAGCCAAAGAAGAAAAACUGGUGUUCUGCUCGAUGAGUGAAAAACAGCAGGCUCUCUACCAGAACCUUUUCAAGAAACUUAAACAUUCCAACAAUGGAGAGAAGAAAGAGUUAUGUAAUGUGAUGAUGCAGUUAAGGAAAAUGGCGAACCACCCUCUGCUUCAUAGACAGUAUUACACCACGGACAAACUCAAAGCCAUGAGUAAACUUAUGCUCAAGGAGCCUAGUCACUUUGAUGCAGAUGCUGCUUUAAUCCAGGAGGACAUGGAGUUGAUGUCCGACUUUGAGCUGCAUCGUCUGUGCCAGCAGUACUCCUCCAUCAGCGCCUACCAGCUUGAAAACCAUCUGCUGCUGGACUCUGGGAAGUUCCACCAGCUCACAGAACUGUUGGCCUCACUUAAAAACAAGGGGGACAGAGUGGUGUUAUUCAGUCAGUUCACCAUGAUGCUGGACAUCGUGGAGAUACUGCUGAAACACCUCAAGCAUCGCUAUGUCAGACUGGAUGGAUCCACGCCUAUAGCCGACAGGAUUGUGCUGAUUGAUGAGUUCAAUACGGACUGUGACAUCUUUGUGUUCAUGUUGUCAACACGAGCUGGAGGCCUGGGCAUCAAUCUCACCUCGGCUAAUGUCGUCAUUCUACAUGACAUCGACUGUAACCCUUAUAACGACAAACAGGCUGAGGACAGAUGUCACCGUCUUGGCCAGACUAAGACAGUGCAGGUGAUUAAACUAAUCAGUAAGGACACUAUAGAGGACUCUAUGUUGCGACUGGGACAGAAGAAACUCAAACUGGAGCAGGAUAUGACUGCCAGUGAGGGGGGUGAUGAGGGGAGCAUACCUGAAGAUAUGGCAUCUCUACUAAAGGCUUCACUGGGGCUGUGAGAUGGACAUAGACAGCCAAAAAAGAUGUGUGCGUGCUAAGCUGAAGACUGUCGAACCAAUAAAUGUAUACAUGGACAACUAUUGAAAGGUAUUAUUGUGAUUCUGAGCAGACCUCAGACUGCUAAUUGAACACACACCGAAUUCUGUGUCUAUACUGGAAAUGUAUUAGAGACCACAGCAUUCUAUUCUCCCCAGUCUAUGUGACCGAACCAGGUAUUGUUUUCAGGAAUUCAUCUCUGAACUAAUGUAGACCUGCUACAGAUACUUUAAUCAGUGACUGAACAUAAACACUGAUGUGCUCAGAUUCCUGCAAAAUAGCCUUCUUUCGGUUUUUCAGCCCAGGAACAAGACUUGAGAUUUAGCCUCUCACAGAGGUUUGAUGGUACCUUAUCAUUAAGAUACCUACCAAUCGGUCCAGUUUUUUUGUAAGUCAUUCACUGACCACCUGUAAAAAACUAUUCUAAUGUCGGAGAGAUCUGUUUCCCUGCUUUGCAGAUUAGCUGAACACCACUUUUUCCCGCACACCGUAAUCUAAAUUUAGCGCUUAAUUUGAUUCAAUACAAAAAGAUGAAGUUAAGUAGAGAUGGCAGCUUUAAAAAUGAACAACUUAAAGGGAUAGUUUCGAAUUUUUGAAGCCUAUUAUUUUCUGCUCGCCUCUGAUGUUGUUCAUUACAUAACUAUUAUCUUCAUUAUUAACAUUCACUAUAAUUAUUUUUAUAAUUAUAUUGAAUUGAAUUAAUACACUUUCGAAUUUCUGAAACAUCCCUUUCAAUGUAUUAAGUGAAUGUCCCAAGUUAUGACAUCUGCGAUGGAUUAGCAUACAGAAGUAGAUGGGGUCUAGAUGUCCUAAAAAUGAUUUAUACAGGACUAAUCUGCCGCAUUACUGCCACUCCAAGUAUGACCUUAAUUGUUAACUUUCAUAAUUCAAAUGUUGACAAACCCCGUGUUAUUUUAGUAAUCGCAUUAAGAUCAAAAUUUUGGUUAAGAUGUGAAGAUGGUGAAUACAGUCCUUGACACUGCACUGUUGGUGAGAUCAAGUCUUUAGGUAAGGGCCUAUUCAAGGUAAACUUUUUUAUAAUUUGUGGCUACAUGUUCCUUUUAUGAAUAUCGUUCUAUGGGAGGUUGGAGUACACUGUCCUUCAUGACAGUUACACUUAACAUGCCUACUCUUAUAUUGGCUGUUUUUGAGAAAGGCAGGAGAGAGAGGGGAUGACAUGCAGCGAAGGGCCUGGGCCGGAUUCGAACCCAGGCAGCUGUGGCAAGGACUCAACUUUAUGUGGUACGCACUUUACCAGAUGAGCCACCAGAGCACCCCCCCCCCAAGCUGCAUUUCGAUGAAAAUAGUUGGGAAACUUCACCAAGUUAUGGUUAACAAUACAUUUCAUAUCAAAUUAGCUCCAAGCACCAUCACUGAUGUCCGUUUACAAGUUUCCCAUAUAAUAUGGUCAGUGGUAUUCUUGUUCAUUACCAUUGAAAUGUGUUACAUCUGUGUUGUUCCAUCCACUGAAAUGAGUUGAAACCAAUCCUGUUCGCGGGACACUUGAAUAAUGAGCAGCUGCUCUUUUAAUGUACUGUAUAAGUGGCUAAUGUGUUGUAACUGUA